UUACAAUUACUGAAUGACAAAUGAAGAAAAUAAUUUAAAAAUAAUAUGAAUUUUCCUGAAUUAUUGAAUUAAGCAUUAUUUGAGCUUUUUAAAGCUGCAAUAUUUUACAUGGAAUACUAGAACAAGUUUGGAUAGUGAGGAAACAUUCCUAUUGCAUUGAAAUAGUCAAAAUGGAGAGAAAAGAAGCUCAAUUUUACGGCAAACUCUUGUCGUCUUAUAACCAUGUCUUGAUGUAUGAAGACACAAAGCUGCAAGAUUUGUAUCUUUCCCAUAUUCCUGUUGUGGAAUUACAGGGAAGAGCGGAGGAAAUUAAAAAGGAGAAAUUUGAAAAUGAAGGCAAAACGAUGUCGUUAGAAGAUUGCCUUUUAUUGGCCCUUUUAAAAUGGUUUAAAUCUGACUUUUUUCAUGGCUUCACAAGGUCAUUGAAAUGUGAUGAUUGUCAGAUGCAAGGCACUGCAAUAGGAGGGGGUGUUGCUACAGCCGAAGAACAGAGAUGGGGAGCGGGUCGUGUUGAACUCUAUCAAUGUCCAAAAUGCAAAAAAAUCAUGAGAUUUCCACGAUAUAACCAUCCACAGAAAUUGCUGGAGACAAGAAUUGGUCGAUGUGGUGAAUGGGCAAAUGCCUUUACAAUGUGUUGUAUUGCAUUGGGCUUUAAAACUCGGUAUGUUUUGGAUUGGACUGAUCACGUAUGGACUGAGGUGUUCUCUGAUGCACAGCAAAAAUGGUUGCACUGUGAUCCAUGUGAAGGCAUUUGCGAUCGCCCGCUGCUUUACGAAGCUGGCUGGAACAAGAAGCUGACUUAUAUCAUUGCUUUUGCAAAAAACCAGAUAAUGGAUGUGACGUGGCGAUAUUCAAAUAAACACGAGGAAGUCAGAAAACGUCGAAAUGAAUGCCGAGAGACCUGGCUUGUAUUAACAAUCAGCACGUUUAACAAAAAUUUCUUAGACCCGUUACCCAAAGAACAGAAACAAAAGGCUGAGAUACAAAACAUGAAGGAACUAGUGAGUUUUCUAAGUGUUAAAAAAGAGAUUUCAGAUGAGGAGAGACAGGGGCGCACCUCCGGGAGUGUUGAAUGGCGCAGGGCAAGGGGAGAACUAGGGGAAUCCUCUAAGGAGGCCAUAACUGGUUUUGUUUUCAAACCAAAUGAAAAAGACGUUCAGGCUGGAAGCAUGCGAGUGCGUUAUUCCACUGCGACAGAUAUGUAUUACCGUGGACUGGAGGAUGACGUCAUCCCAGGAAACGAUGACGUCAAGGGCUGGCAAAAUGGUGUCAACUCCAUGACGUCCGUAUUUCGAAAAGAAGAACAUGAUUGGAAGAUGAGCUAUCUUGCUCGGAAGGAAGGCACCGAAUCAGGCAAGAUAACGUGGAUUUUCGACGUGAGCGAGUGCGGGUGUGAAAUAGAUGAAGUGUCCGUGAGGGCGUUAUUUACAACUUUUGAAGAUGGCGAGGCCAAGAUGGAGUUGAAAGAAGAUAAAGAUGGGGGAAUUAUCAAGAUCUUAGAUGGAAUCUCUGACACCACAUUCAAACCAAGUGGUCACCCAGUGAUAAUAAAGCUUACGGCAUCUUUAGGAUGCAAGAAAAAUGACAAGGAUAAUUGCUGGCAACAUUCACAGAUCUUCCGGCAACCUCUAGACAACCAAAAUUACUACCCACUGGAUAUCACAGUGAAAUUGAAGCCAAAGAAAUAAAGAAAAUUGACUAACAGGUACGUUCAAGUGAUCCAAUACAUAUGCAGUAUUCGGGACAGAAUGGUUGGAUUAACUAAAAAAUCUUUAGGCCUGAAUAAAAAUUUAAACCUAAAAACAUUAUAGUUAGCACCAAAUAUGUAAUAUUUGGCAUUUUUUAAUAAUUCAAGUGGCUAUCAAUA